GUCGCACCGAAUUGACAUUGGUGGUGUACCCACUCGCGUAUUGCGCCGUAUCCCCUUGCUUUUCAGACAAGCAUCGAGCAAGGGAUCCACAUGCGCCCCCCGUAUGGCCCGGAUACGCAAAUACGACAACCAAAUGCCGCCAAUACGCGAUUUCCCCCUCAAAUGCCCACUUGCUUGGUUCUUGAAUGGGCAUAAACUGCCUGAUACAACUGGCUCAGGGGAAAGACUCUCGCGGUCACGGUGGGGGAGGGCAUACGCAACGCAAAUUUGCUGUUUCGACUACGAAAGACUAGUAUAUAAGCUCCGAUGUAUGUCUGUUGAUGCAGUCUCGAUCAGGAAACACUACCUGAAUCAGCCGAUAUGUCAAUGAAUCUGAGAGGCAAGACCUGCCUCGUCACCGGCGGUGCAGGCGGUCUCGGGAAGACCCUUGCGACCCGGUACCUUCAAGCUGGAGCCAACGUCGUCAUCUGCGACAUCAACGAGGACCGCCUCGACCAGACAGCCAAAGAACUCGCAGCCGGAGGCCACGCUGACCGGCUUCUGACCGUCAAGGCCGACAUUACCUCUGCUUGUGACGCGCAAACUCUAUUCAAGGGAAUCGUCAACCGAUUCCAAAAGCUCGAUAUCCUUAUCAACAACGCCGGAAUCAUGGACCGGUUUGAUCCUGUCGGCGAGCUAGAUGAAACCUUGUGGAAUCGUGUGAUUGCGGUGAACUUGACGGCGCCAUACCUACUAAGCAAGUUGGCGGUGCAGAAUAUGCUGGCAAGAGAUGUUGUGGAUGGACGUAUUGUCAACAUUGUGUCGUUGGCGGGCAAGGCAGGCUUUGCGGCUGGUAUGUGUUACCAUCUUUGUCAUCUUUAUGCGUCUGAGCUAAUCUUAAGCGUGGCAGGCGCUGCAUACACGGCGAGCAAGCAUGGCCUUGUAGGUUUGACGAAGAAUACAGCGACCUUCUAUGGAUCGAAAGGGAUUCGGUGCAACGCUCUGAUGAUGGGCGGGAUGACGACAAAUAUCACGGAUGCGUUCAUGACGGGCAUCAACGAGGAGGGAAAGGACAAGGCAAUGGAAUUGAUGACCGCUGCCAAUGUGGAGAUGUGCGAUGUUGAGCAAGUCGCAGAUCUGUGUCUCUCGAUCACCUCCGGGCCAGGAUCGAACCUGAUCAACGGUGCUUGUAUUCCGGUGGAUCACGGCAUGAGCGGAUGUUUGGGAUAAGCUUGGAUGCGAAAGAUGCAGAUAAGAUCGUCACAACCACAAAGAUAUAAUACCAUAGCAUCAUGAGCAUUCUUCGUGGGCCGCGGCGUUUGUUGGUCAGGCUCGCUUAGUGCCACCAGGUUUACUCAUUCACUUAUAUGUGAAUAGAUGACACGUAUAG